GGAAGGAUAAUGUCAAGUUCUCUCAGUAAGUAAAGUGAAUUUGUGGGAGUAACAUCGUCAGCAUGAGGCCAACUAAAUUGGACCAGGCUAAACACAGACUGGAACAAAUAUUAAACGGAUAUACACGAGAUAUUCUCGAUAAGGCUUUGCAAGAUCUGGUUAAAAAUUCUUGCGAAAAUGAUCAGAUAUUUAGAAAGUUAAUGAAGCUUCUGAAAGCAAUAUUUUUGGCCAUUUUUCUAUUGUUAGCUGUGAAGUAUUAUUAUGAGGAAAUGCAGGGACAAAACUGUGUCCUUUCCCUGCCGCGCACUCUCCGAUAUGCACUCCGACCCCCUGAGAAAUGUGACUUUUGUGCAAAUGUUAAAAAUGUGCCACGUCUUCAGAACCUUAGUCCCCAAGAAUUUGAGACAAAGUACGCCUACAAUGCUGCCCCAGUCAUUGUCAGCGAUGCAACUCAAAAUUGGACUGCAGUUCGGCUCUUCAACUACAAAUAUUUUCAUGAUGUGUAUGCCAAGGCUAAGCAAAAGAAACAAAUAAGGGACUGUCAAUUCUUGCCCUACAAAACUGGCUUCCAGGACAUUUACGAAGCGUUGGAUAUGCCGGAGGAUAGGGUGUAUCUGAAACCGGAUGAAAGGCCUUGGUACUUUGGAUGGAGCAACUGUCAUGCGGAAACAGCAGAGGAAUUUCGACGUCACUAUGGAAGGCCGUACUUCCUACCCGAAAAGUCGGAGAAUAAUGCAGUCGAUUGGUUUUUUAUUGGAACCUCUGGUCUAGGGGCACAAAUGCAUAUUGACAAUGUAAGAUUACCUUCGUGGCAGGCCCAACUGGCUGGCAGCAAGCGUUGGCUGCUGGUGCCCCCUCCCGAGUGCUAUCUCCAGUGCAAGAGAUUCGAUGUGGUGGUCCAGCAGGGGGACAUAAUUGUCUUGGACACGAACAAAUGGUACCACCAGACCUUUGUGCAGCCGGGAGCUAUAAGUCUGACCAUUGGGGCCGAGUACGACUAGAUUUAACCGGCUGCAGGCGGUUUUUCCUCGUGACAGGAAACGGUUGCCACAACAUCUCCAUCGCCGUGCAAAAUACAAAACUUAAAAAACUAACAAAUAUGGUUAACUGUUACUGUUGAAGUAACAGACUUAACUCUAACAUUGCAUUUGCCGGUUAUCCAUAAUAUAUUGUCGCUCUGUUUUCCCAGCCGGUUUGUUAAUUAAA